UGAAGCCCUCGCCCCCCUCUCGAGCCCCAUUCCUGAUUCCUCAGUCUCCUAUACUCUCUUUAUUUCGCCGCCUGGUUCGUCGUGGUCGUUCGCCAAUCCUCCUGUUUCGUCGUGCUCGAAGGCCCUUCCAUUCCCCCAACGUCAGCGUCUCCAGGUCCUGCUCCGCCGUUGUCUGUCUGUCGUGUUCGUCGCCGGCUCCCCGUCGUCCGUCGCCAGCUCGCCAGUGUUCGUCGCCAGCUUCCCCUCGUCCGUCGCUCUCACUCAAAUCUCUGGUCACUUCCCUCGCCGAAGGCAUGCACUUGGUGGCUUUGAUGGAAGCACAAUGGUGUCGACCAUCGAAGUGUUUGAUCCUCGUCGCAAAGCAUGGAUAACCAGGAACCCAUCAAUCAUCCUCGUCGCGAAGCACAAUAUGGUGUCACCUAACCCUUUUUUUUUAAUUAUAUAGGCAUCUUUAACCAAUUCUCCAAGUCUAUAAGUGAGCUACCACCAGUUUCCCCUUCUUCUAGGAAGACCAGGCAGUUGUUUAUGCUUCUAAAUGGGUUUUUAGUGUUACUCCUGACCAUGAUUAUAUAAAGUAUCCCGUAAUCAGACAUGAAUUUGUUGAAUACGGUCCCUUCAUCAGCGCCUCCAUGUCCUUCUCUACCUUUGCGCACCCACUCCAACCUGUCCAAGUCACUCCAAUUCUCAUAUCCGAAACCAUCCAAAUUCACAUCUUACGGAGCAAGGCUCUGCGAGCUCUUUGAUUUGCACCAAGAGCAAGUCCCUUAUGAAGUGGCAUGGUCUUGGCAGAAAGACAUUGUGAAGGAAAAGAAGGCUCAGCUUGAGAACGAAGGAGAUUGCAGUGACACCCUUAUUGUGCUGCAGCACCCUUCUGUGUAUACAUUGGGUACUGCCAGUACCAAGGACAACCUAAAUUUCAACAUCAACAAUGCACCCUUUAAUGUUUAUCGUACUGAGCGAGGUGGUGAAGUUACAUACCAUGGUCCUGGCCAGCUAGUUCUGUACCCUAUUAUCAAUCUAAGAAGACACAAGAUGGAUCUACAUUGGUACCUCAGGACACUGGAAGAGCUUGUCAUUCGUGUUCUUUCUUCGACAUUUUCCAUUCAAGCUUCUCGAGUGGAGGGUUUAACUGGUGUCUGGGUUGGAAAUGAGAAAGUUGCAGCUGUAGGUAUAAGAGUGUCUCAUUGGAUAACAUACCAUGGCUUAGCACUUAAUGUCACAACAGAUUUGACUCCCUUCAAAUGGAUCAUCCCAUGUGGCAUACGCAACCGCGAGGUUGGAAGCAUUAAAGGGUUGUUACUGAGAGAAGCUCAGUCAUCAAAUAUGGCUGCUAAUGGAACAAAUGAUCUGCAUUCUAUUAUGCAUGAUGAUGGCGGUCUAAUUGGUAUUACUCGCAACUCCUUGAUUGAAGAGUUUUCAAAAGUGUUUCAGCUUGAGUACCAUCAUAGAACUAUUUCUGUACCUAUGUUGUAUGAAAGGAAUCAAAGUGAUCUUGUUACUGAAACACAGCAAAGUUGAAUUUGUUUGAUUUCAUACCGAGUCCUUGGAAA